AUGGACUUCGAGAGAAUACAUGUUUUUGACGGAUCAAGAAAGCUCAUUCGUGGCGCUGUAAGGAUCAUUGCUCCGUAUCGAGCGGCUGAAGCAAGGCAGGCAAAUAUUUCAUGGCACUAUGGUUCGUAUCCAUCAUGUCUAAUAAUAAUUUACGCAGAAACAAUAAGCCACCGAACCCAUCCCUUUGAUAAAUCACGAACAAUUGUCUUGAGGCUUCGCUCCCUCACUGGACAGCAUCAAUCAACAUUUGAUCCUCAGACGGCGCCUUUCAGCCGGGAGGUUUCUUUCACACAGGUUGUCUUUACUUAUGGAAUACUCCGUAUCGCCGUUCCGAUACGAAAGUGA